CGUGGCAAAGAGUCACCGCCAUAAGGCACCUCAAGUAUCUCACAGAUUCUCUUUUUGCCUUUCACAAGUUAAAUAAACUCACAAAACUCUCUACAUCCGCUACCCCAAUUCAAUUUCAGCUCCCAACUAAGGCCUGCCUUCGAACCCUAAUCCACAGAGAAUUUCUAAUGGCUUCAAAGCGGAUUAACAAGGAACUGAAGGACCUGCAGCGUGAUCCUCCAGCUUCAUGCAGUGCUGGACCGGUUGCGGAUGACAUGUUCCACUGGCAAGCAACAAUCUUGGGUCCAGCUGACAGCCCAUUUGCUGGUGGUGUGUUUCUUGUAUCAAUUCACUUUCCUCCAGAUUAUCCAUUCAAACCGCCCAAGGUUUCCUUCCGUACAAAGGUUUUCCAUCCCAACAUCAACAGUAAUGGAAGCAUUUGCCUUGACAUUCUCAAAGAGCAAUGGAGCCCUGCUCUUACUAUAUCCAAGGUUCUUUUGUCAAUUUGCUCACUCCUGACUGAUCCAAACCCAGAUGAUCCAUUGGUGCCUGAGAUUGCUCACAUGUAUAAGACGGACAGAGCCAAGUAUGAGACUACUGCUCGAUCCUGGACCCAGAAAUAUGCAAUGGGCUAGGACUCCACACCUGCCUCGUAUGAGCGUAACAACAUGCUUUGUCCUAUUAGUAAAUAAUAUAAACUUCUGGAUCAAGUUUGUCUUUGUUUUUGAAUGUGAUAUUGGAGCCUUUAUGAGACUUUUAAAUUAAAAUAGUGGAAUAUUUAUGUGAA